GCUGCCUUGGUGAGGACUUGUCUCCUUUGAGUUGUUUUUGAACAAGAGUUCAAACACCGUGUCGUGUAGAACUAGUUCUUGGUUUUUGGAAAGUUAGCAGGCGAUGUAACGACGCCCUGCGACGUGUUCACGGACUCGCUCGGGGUUUUCUACCAUGUUACGUUGUGUUCUUCAGCGGGCCAACAACCUGAGGCACUCGGACCCUCUGGCUAGUGUCACCUUUCGAGGGUCCAAGAAGAAGACCAAGGUCAUCAAGAACAAUCCCAAUCCGGUUUGGAAUGAGGGAUUUGAAUGGGAUCUGAAGGGGGUUCCUUUGGACCCGGGAGCCGAGCUUCACUGCGUCGUCAAGGACCAUGAAAAGAUGGGAAGGAACAGGUUUCUGGGUGAAAGUCGGCUUUCCGUUCGAGACGUUUUCAGCUCUCCUAGCUUGGCGGCUUGCUUCACUGUCCCUCUGCUGGACACCAAAAGGAACAACACAGGGGCAACACUUACCGUCCAGGUUUCCUACAUCCCCCCUCCCGGAACAGUUCCUAUCUUCCAAUCCCCAUCGAUGCCGGAACCCCUGCCUCACAGCAACCCAAAUGUGGAGCUGGACACGGUUACAAUGAUCUCCCUGGACACUUUGGGCGAGGAGGACACUGAGAGCAUGAUUAUGGUUGAAGUCCCGGAGGAGCAGGGUGCAGAUGAUGGGCGCUCACUGGUGGUAGGCCCUCAGGGACCUCAGGGCCAAGAAUCGCCCGGCGCCCAGGUCCCGAAACGCUCCCCACCCUCUUACAACGCGCAUGGAGGGCUGAAGAGGAGGCGGCGAGGCACCAGCAGUCAACCCAAACCACUGCCUAACAAGCCUCAGGACAUUCAGGUUCGCGUGAGGGUAAUCCAGGCUCGACAACUACCGGGAGUCAACAUCAACCCGGUGGUCAAGGUUACGGUGGCUGGACAGAGCAGGAGGACGCGCAUCCGUAGAGGGAACAAUCCAACUUUUGAUGAGACUUUCUUCCUGAACUUCUUCGAGACGCCGUCCGACUUGUUUGACGAGCCCAUCUUCAUCACGGUGUGCGAUUCGCGCUCCCUCCGAACGGACGCCGUCAUCGGAGAAUUCAAGCUGGACUUGGGCGUCAUCUACAGCGAGCACCGACACUGCUACUUAAGGAAGUGGUUACUCCUCUGCGACCCUGAUGACCUGUCUGCUGGGGUCAAAGGUUAUCUCAAAGUCAGCCUGUGGGUGUUAGCCGCUGGAGAUGAGCCACCGGCGGACAAGCGCGAUUGCGUGGAGGACAAAGAGGACAUCGAGGGAAACUUGCUGAAGCCCGCUGGUCUGUCCCUCAGAGCGGCGGCCUUUACCUUGAGGGUCUUCAGAGCUGAAGACCUUCCACAGAUGGAUGAUGCCUUCAUGGACGGGAUGAGGCAGGUUUUCGGAUUUGACAGCAAUAGGAAGAACCUGGUGGAUCCGCUGGUGGAGAUCCAUUUUGCUGGGAAAACAGUCUGCACAAAGGUUCUGGAGAAAAACGCCAAUCCACAAUGGCACCAGAGUCUCACAAUGCCAAUUCGGUUUCCAUCCAUGUGUGAGAAGAUGAGGAUCCGACUUCUUGACUGGGAUCGGGCGAGUCACAAUGAUGUCAUUGGCACCGCCCACCUCUGCAUGUCCAAAAUCUCCGCCCCUGGAGGCGAGAUUGAGGUGGACGACACGCUUGGAUUCUUGCCCACGUUCGGUCCGUGUUUUGUCAACUUGUACGGCAGUCCCAGAGAGUUCAGCACCUUCAAUGACCCCCAUGAAGCGUUGAACCUCGGAAAAGGGGAGGGCGUAGCCUACCGAGGUCGGGUCUUGCUGGAGCUGACCACAAAGCUGGUGGACAAACCGGAGUCCAAAAACGAAGACAUUUCAUCGGACGAUCUGCUCGUCGUUGAAAAGUUCCUGAGGAAGAGGAAGUUCUCUCUCUUCGUGGCGUUUUACUCCGCCACGCUUCUCCAGGACGUUGACGACGCCGUCCAGUUCGAGGUCAGCAUCGGUAAUUACGGCAACAAGUUCGACUACAGCUGUCUUCCGCUGGCCUCCACCACGCAGUUCAGCAGGGCCGUGUUUGACGGUUGUCACUACUAUUACCUACCUUGGGGAAACGUGAAGCCGGUCGUCGUUCUGUCGUCGGCGUGGGAAGAUAUCGCUCCGAGGAUCGAGGCGCUCAACAUGCUUUUGGCUGCUCUCGACAGACUGGAGGCUAACCUGCGACGAGUGCAGCUGGAAAUGAAAGCGGGAAGCGAGAUGGACGAGCUGGAGCUGCGAGUGGUGGAGCUGUUAGAUCAGGUGAUCGCAGACUGCAGUCAAGAGCUGCCCUCUCUCGAGCGCUGGCCGUGCGCGACCCCUCUGGACCGCUCGCUCCGACACAUCCGCACCCUGCAUCUGCAGCAGAUAACAGUGGCGGCGCUGGCCCUCAAACACGGACCGGCGACGGAACUUUCCACCGUCAUGGAGCAGGCGGAGGACUGGGCCGUCCGGUUGAGGAGCUUGGCAGAGGAACCCCAGAACAGCCUCCCUGACAUCGUGAUCUGGAUGCUGCAGGGCGAGCGAAGGGUGGCGUACUACCGCAUUCCGGCGCACACCGUCCUUUACUCCGAACGCCACAGCGGCAAACACUGUGGACAGCUGCAGACCGUAUUCCUUAAAUAUCCACAAGGGGGCGGCGGGGAGGCCAAACUUCCUGGUCAGCUCAGGGUUAAAGUGUGGUUCGGACUGGCAGCUGACGACAAACACUUCAACUUGUACGCUGAGGGAAAACUCUCCGUGUUCGCAGAGACGUACGAGAAUCAGACCCGGCUCGCCCUUGUGGGAAGCUGGGGAACUACAGGUCUCACUUGCCCCAAGUUCAGUGACGUGACGGGACGGGUGAAACUACCCAAAGAGAGUUUCAAACCCUCGCCUGGUUGGACGUGGGCCGGGGACUGGUACAUAAGCCCGGAAAGGACACUACUCUUUGAUGCGGACGCCGGUCACAUGACCUACACGGAGGAAGUCUUUGAAAACCAGAUGAGGUUACCUGGUGGACAGUGGAUUGGCAUGCCCGAGGGAUACACCGACGUGAACGGGGAAAAGGCCGUGCCGAAAGACGACGUGGAAUGUCCUCCGGGCUGGGUGUGGGAGGAGCCAGAGUGGUGCGAAGACCUCAACAGGGGCGUGGACGAUCACGGCUGGGAGUACGGCAUAACCGUGCCACCAGACCGCCGACCCAAGUCGUGGGUCCCGGCGGAGAAAAUGUACCACACCAACCGGCGAAGACGGUGGAUGCGCAUGAGAAGGCGGGAUCAGCAGAAGAUGGAAGCUCUUAAAAAGCAGCGCCCGGACGAGGCAGCGUGGGAAGGCUGGGAGUACUCCUCGUUGUUCGGCUGGAGGUUCCACCUGAAGCCCAGGAAGACCGACAGCUUCCGGAGGCGCAGGUGGAGGUGCCGAAUGGAGCCCCUGGAGAAAACGGGCCCGGCGGCCAUCUUCGCUCUUGAGUGCUCCCUGAGCAGCAUAGAAGACAAGCACGACGACAAGUCCAUCACAACCACCUUCGGAGUUAACAGACCCACCAUUUCCUGCUUCUUUGAGCGGGGCACCCGCUAUCACCUGCGCUGCUACCUGUAUCAAGCUAGGGACCUGAUCGCCAUGGACAAGGACAGCUUUUCCGACCCCUACGCCAUCGUGUCUUUUCUUCAUCAGUCCCAGAAGACCGUAACAAUACGAAACACCCUCAAUCCCACCUGGGACCAGACGCUCAUCUACUACGAUGUGGAGAUUUUCGGGGACACCGAGGCUGUGAUUUCCAGCCCCCCACAUGUGGUGGUGGAGCUUUAUGACCAGGACACAUACGGAGCAGAUGAGUUCAUGGGUCGCUGCGUGUGCUCGCCUUCGCUGAGCCGCUCGCCCCGUCUGGCCUGGUUCCCGAUCCGUCUCGCCGAUAAGGACGCUGGUGAACUGUUGGCGGCUUUUGAGCUCAUACGCCGGGACAAGCCAGCAAUUCACCACGUUCCAGGGCUUGAGGCAGACAUUGUUACCGCCAGCCAUGUUCUGGAUGAGUUGACGUUCCCGGGAUUUCUCUCUGACAGCGUGCAGCCGUGGUUGGAGGAGGCGGACCUUCCGUGCCUUCCCCCUCAGAGGGAGCCCAAUGUCUUCGUGGUGCCUCGCGGGAUUAAACCUGUCCUGCAGAGAACUGCCAUCGAAGUGUUGGCGUGGGGCGUUCGGAACCUUAAGAGCUUCCAGUUGGCCAGCGUCACUUCUCCGAGCCUGCAGGUAGAGUGCGGCGGCGUCACGGUCCAAAGCUGCGUCAUCCGCAACGUCAAAAAGAAGGCCAACUUUGACGUCAACACCCUCUUCCUCGACGUGAACCUGCCCCUCGAAGAGCUCUACAUGCCACCCCUUGUGAUCAAGGUCAUCGAUAACCGGCAGUUUGGUAGGAAGCCUGUGGUGGGCCAAUGCACCAUUCGUUCCCUGGAGGGGUACCGCUGCCCCCCCGGGGAGGAGGACGAGGAGCCGGAGGACAGUGCUCGGGCGGAGGCGGGCAAAGGCAGAGGUCGGAUGCCCCGCGUGGUCAGCGGCGAUGCCUUCAUCACCGUCGACGACGAGGAGCCGCUCAUCUCGCAUCAGCUUGCAGACGGAGGCAAUUCUGCUAUCAUUAAUCUCUCGGCAUCUAGCUGCAGCCUGCACGAAGAGGAGUUAAUGGACUGGUGGAGCAAGUUUUAUGCCUCCACAGGAGAAACCAACAAGUGCGGGAUGUACCUGGAGCAAGGCUCGGACACCCUGCAGGUCUAUGACAGAGAAUUGGAGAAAGUCGAAGCUUUUGAGGGUCUUUCGGAUUUCUGUCAAACCUUCAAACUGCGGCGAGGAAAGACGCAAGGGGAUGGUGAAGAUCCUUCAGUGGUUGGUGAAUUCAAGGGUAUGUUUAAGAUCUACGCCCUGCCAGACGACCCCUUGGCCCCCGCGCCGCCACGAAAAUUCAGGAAGCUGCCUCCCAACGGGGUAGAGGACUGCCUGGUCCGAGUCUAUGUCGUCCAGGCUCGGGGACUCCAGCCUAAAGACGCCAGUGGCAAGUGCGACCCCUACGUGAGGAUCACACUCGGGAAGAAAACCAUCAACGAUCAAGAAAACUACAUCCCCUGCACACUGGAGCCUGUUUUUGGAAAGAUGUUCGAGCUAAGCUGUUCCCUCCCCCAGGAGAAGGACCUGCGGAUUUCGCUGUACGACCACGACGUUCUGACCAAAGACGAGAAGAUUGGUGAGACGGUCGUCGACUUGGAGAACCGCUUACUGUCCAAAUUCGGAGCCGGUUGCGGUCUGCCGCAGUCAUACUGCAUCUCGGGUGUGAACCGGUGGCGGGACCAGUUUACGCCCAGAGAGCUUCUGUCCAGUAUAUGCGAGCAGCAGAACCUACCAAAGCCUGUCUACCACAGAGAGACGGUCCUCUUUAGAGGGGUGCAGUAUUUUGCCUCCGAUCUGGCAGACGGACACCAGUGCCAACGUCACCUGGGCCCGAUCGAAGAGCGUCUUUCACUACACAUUCUAAGGCAAAUGGGUCGAGUGCCAGAACACGUUGAGACCCGAGCUCUGUAUAACCCGCUACAGCCCGACAUUGAGCAGGGACGCCUGAUGAUGUGGGUGGACCUGUUUCCCAAGUCUCUGGGACCACCCGGACCCCCCUUUAACAUUACGCCACGCAAGGCCAAAAAGUUCUUACUGCGCUGCAUCAUCUGGAACACCAGCGACGUCAUCCUGGACGACAUUAGCGUCACUGGAGAGAAGAUGAGCGACAUCUACGUGAAAGGCUGGCUGGACGGGCACGAGCACAACAAGCAGAAGACGGACGUCCACUACCGCUCGCUGGACGGGGAAGCCAACUUCAACUACAGAUUGGUCUUUCCUUUCCUCUACUUGCCGGCCGAGCAGCUCUGCGUCGUGGACAAAAAGGAACAUUUCUGGAACCUGGGUAAAAGUGAAACUAAACUAGCUCCCAGGCUGACCAUUCAGGUGUGGGACAACGACAAGUUCUCCUUCGACGACUACCUUGGUCACCUGGUGACGGACCUGAACCGCAUGAUACGUCCCGCUAAGUCACCUGAAAAGUGCGACCUGCGUCUGCUGGAGCAGCCGGCCGACCGGCGGGUGUCUCUCUUCGAGCAGAGGACCGUCAAGGGUUGGUGGCCCUGCGUCCGCGACCAGGACGGAGAGAAACUACUCGCGGGGAAGGUGGAGAUGUCUCUGGAGGUAGUGACAGAACAAGAAGACGAGGAAAGACCAGCCGGACUAGGCCGAGAUGAGCCCAACAUGAACCCCCAUCUGGAGGAACCUCGGCGUCCCGAGACGUCCUUCCUGUGGUUCUCGUCGCCCUACAAGACGAUGCGCUUUAUCCUGUGGAGACGCUUCAAGUGCUUCAUUGUCCUUUUCUUCAUCCUCUUCCUCGUCCUCCUCUUCCUCGGCGUCUUCCUCUACUCCUUCCCGAACUACGCCGCCAUGAGGAUGGUCGGCCCGUUCGGACCGGCCCGAGUAUCCGAGUAACCUCGGAGAAAAUUCCCCGCCCGUCAGAAACAUCGGCGGUGACGCGCGCUCGCCUAGUCUGCGUCACGCGCCGUCUCUCAUCUCUCUUUCCUUUUCAUGCGUUCCUCUCAUGUGCGCUCACGCAGCGAGGCGGGCGGAGAAAGCGCAGCCAACGCAACUUGAACAACCGCCACGGAAUCGGAGAGGGAUUCUGAUGUUGCGAGCCCCCGCUGCGAAGCCUCCGACUCCAAACUUCCAAACGGACUCGUUAUUCUCUUUGAACGCCAAUGAUCUCGUCAGAUCUUUUAUUUCCUCUUUCUCGCUUCUUUUUCACGUCUUCAUUACUCCCGCCGUGGUCUUCUCCGGCAGCCGCAAAGGUGGAAAGUUAGUCUGCGAACUCGACCCGAGUGGAAAAGUUGACUUAGUCGGCCCGGCGGAACUGAGCGAGCCUUGUAAACAAAAGUCUCAUUGAGGGCUCAAACACUGGAAAGACUUUUGGUACCCGUGUUCGCGUGCCAGGUUCAAAACCGGUGUCGCUUCUUGCUGCUUCCUCUGCUGUUGACUUUCAUGAUACACUUAUUUAAUAAUGUCGAAAAAUGCUUGUCUUUAUUAAAUGCUUCAUUGAGUGAGUCCAAUGAAAUCCGCUCACUGCUGAGAACAGCUGUGCACACACACACACACAAUGAAUUGCAAUAGCACACUAGUGUUUAACAAGCUAAAUGAUGAUUGACACAUUCGGCGUCUUUGAAGGUAGCGUUGCCAAGCUUCUCUGGCAAGAUUAAAGCUUCAACGCCUGUCAAUCAUCGUUAACUGGAACGAGCCAUAUACCAAACCAUUGACAUUCAACUGGCGCGAUGUCGAUGCCAUUGACAGCCGUGUGCAUCCUUGCCAAUGACGGCCAUGCGUGUCAAUUCUAUUGAUGCCAAUGUACUUGAAUGACAUUGACAGCCAUGUACGUCCAUGCCAUUGACAGCUAUGUACGUCUUUGCCAUUGACGACCUUGCGUGUCGAUGCUAUUGAUGCUAAUGUACUUGGAUUCCAUUGACAACCAUGUACAUCCAUGCUAUUGAAAGCCAUAUACGUC